AUGGUUCCCCCUCACUUUGUUUCCCCUCACUUCCAUCCCCCCUCACUCUCUUCCCCCUCACUUCAUUUCCCCACACUUGUAUUCCCCCUCACUCAAAUUCCCCUCACUUCCAUUCCCCCUCAUCCCUGUCCCCCUCAAUUUGUUUCCCCUCACUUCCAUCCCCCUUCACUCUCUUCCCCCUCACUUCAUUUCCCCUCACUUGUAUUCCCCCUCACUAAAUUUCCCCUCACUUCCAUUCCCCCUCAUCCCUGUCCCCGUCACUUUGUUUGCCCUCUCUUCCAUCCCCCCUCACUCUCUUCCCCCUCACUUAAUUUCCCCUCACUUCCAUUCCCCCUCAUACCUGUCCCCCUCACUUUGUUUCCCCUCACUUCCAUCCCCCCUCACUCUCGUCCCCCUCAUUUCAUUUCCCCUCACUUCCAUCCCCCCUCACUCUCUUCCCCCUCAUUUCAUUUCCCCUCACUUUUGUUCCCCAUCACUCAAUUUCCCCUCACUUCCAUUCUCCCUCAUCCCUGUCCCCCUCACUUUGUUUCCCCUCACUUCCAUCCCCCCUCACUCUCUUCCCCCUCACUUCAUUUCCCCUCAUUUUUUUCCCCCUCACUCAAUUUCCCCUCACUUCCAUUCCCCCUCAUCCCUGUCCCCCUCACUUUGUUUCCCCUCACUUCCAUCCCCCCUCACUCUCUUCCCCCUCACUUCAUUUCCCCUCACUUGUAUUCCCCCUCACUCAAUUUCCCCUCACUUCCAUUCCCCCUCAUCCCUUCCCCCUCAUCCCUGUCCCCCUCACUUUGUUUCCCCUCACUUCCAUCCCCCCUCACUCUCUUCCCCCUCACUUCAUUUCCCCUCACUUGUAUUCCCCCCACUCAAUUUCCCCUCACUUCCAUUCCCCCUCAUCCCUGUCCCCCUCACUUGUUUUCCCCUCACUUCCAUCCUCCCUCCCUCUCUUCCCCCUCAUCUCAUUUCCCCUCACUUGAAUUCCCCCUCACUCAAUUUCCCCUCACUUCCACUCCUCCUCAUCCCUGUCCCCCUCACUUUGUUUCCCCUCACUUCCAUCCCCCCUCACUCUCUUACCCCUCACUAUAUUUCCCCUCACUUUUAUUUCCCCUCACUCUUUAUCCCCUCACUUCCAUUCCCUCUCACUCCAUUGCCCCUCACUUCAUUUCCCCUCACUUCUAUCCCCCCUCACUCUCUUCCCCCUCACUUCACUUCCCCUCACUAGUAUUCCCCCUCACUCAAUUUCCCCUCACUUCCAUUCCCCCUCAUCCCUGUCCCCCUCACUUUUUUUCCCCUCACUUUCAUUCCCCCUCACUCUCUUACCCCUCACUAUAUUUCCCCUCACUUUUAUUUCCCCUCACUCUUUUUCCCCUCACUUCCAUUCCCUCCCACUCCAUUCCCCCUCACUUCAUUUCCCCUCACUUCCAUCCCCCCUCACUCUCUUCCCCCUCACUUCACUUCCCCUCAUUUGUAUUCCCCCUCACUCAAUUGCCCCUCACUUCCAUUCCCCCUCAUCCCUUUCCCCCUCACUUUUUUUCCCCUCACUUCCAUUCCCCCUCACUCUCUUACCCCUCACUACAUUUCCACUCGCUUUUAUUUCCCCUCACUUCCAUUCCUGCUCACUCCAUUCCCCCUCACUUCAUUUCCCCUCACUUCCAUUCCCCCUCGUCCCUGUCCCCCUCACUUUGUUUCCCCUCGCUUCCAUUCCCCAUCACUCUCUUACCCCUCACUACAUUUCCCCUGACAUUUAUUUCCCCUCACUCUUUUUCCCCUCACUUCCAUUCCCGCUCACUCCUUUUCCCCUCACUUCCAUCCCCCCUCACUCUCUUCCCCCUCACUUGA